AUGCCACGAGAGGUCAUCACCAUCCAGGUCGGUCAAUGCGGGAAUCAGAUCGGGUGCAGAUUUUGGGACCUUGUCUUGCGAGAGCAUGCCUUUGUCUCCAAGACUGCGAUAUAUGAUGCCGCCCUAUCAUCAUUCUUCCGAAAUGUGGAUACAAGACAUGCAAACUUGCCGGGCUUGCCAGUGGGUGACCAGAUCCGCACCCUCAAGGCUAGAUGCUUGCUGGUGGAUAUGGAAGAGGGUGUUGUGAAUUCUUUGCUCACAGGGCCAUUGGCCGAUUUAUUUGACGCCCGCCAGCGUAUUACUGAUGUCUCUGGAUCUGGGAACAACUGGGCACAUGGAUAUCAUGUGUACGGCCCUACUUAUCGAGAAAGUAUUCAGGAAAAAGUUCGGAAGUCUGCAGAGCAGUGCGACUCAUUGCAAUGCUUCUUCCUUCUGCACUCUUUGGGAGGUGGAACUGGUAGUGGCCUUGGAACUUACAUCCUGGAAAGCCUAGAGGACAUGCUGCCAGAAGUCUUCCGCUUUGUCUCCUGUGUUUGCCCUUCACGAGAAGAUGAUGUGGUGACAUCGCCUUACAACACCAUCCUUGCCAUGCGUCCUUUGAUUCAAUCUGCACACUGUGUCCUGCCAACCUCCAACGAUUCCUUGGCAAGCAUAUGCAACCAAAUCUCUACACGAGAUGCUGGGGAGCAAGCUCAGGCCACUCUCAUUGACCUUCCCCAAGAUGAACGCCAGCCACGACGUGCGCCCAGAGCCGCUCCAUCUGGACCAGCGCGAAGGACAGCACAUUCGGCACCGCCAAGGAAGAGGCAGGUGGUGGAGCCCGAGGUCCAGGCCCCACGUUCAGCAGGGACAGCGCGGCCACCUCCAUUGGGUCAAGAGCGACCUUUUGAUCGGAUGAAUUCUCUGGUGGCGCAUCUUCUGAACAACCUAACAAGUUCAAUGAGAUUUGAGGGUUCCCUGAAUUUGGACCUGAAUGAGAUCACCAUGAACCUGGUGCCAUUUCCACGUAUGCACUUCCUUCUGGCUUCAAUGAGCCCGUUAUACUUUGGCCGGGAUCCUCGACUCGUUUCCAGAGGCUUCCACCAAAUGUUCUCAGAAGUCAUCACUCAGAACCAUCAGCUGAUGAACGUUGAUCCCAGGGGGAGCACCUACAUGGCUCUGGCCUUUCUGGUUCGUGGUUCAGCUUCCAUUGGUGAUGUCAACCGCAAUAUCUCCCAGCUGCGCAAGAAACUGAAGCUUUUGCCCUUCAAUGAGGAUGCAUUUAAGAUUGGCCUUUGCAAAGUGCCACCACGUGGGCUCCCAUACUCAGUGUUGCAUUUGGGGAACACCUGUGCGGCGCACCAGAUGUUCAGCCAUACUGUCAAAGACUUCUCGCGGUUGUACUGCCGGAAAGCUCACGUGCAUCACUACACAGAGUACAUGGAAAAGGCCGAGUUUGAUGAAGCCUUUGAGACAGUUAACACCCUGAUCAAAGAGUACAUCCACUUGGACAUGUUGCAUGAGACGCCUGCCUCCUGCUGCCCAGAUUCUGGUUUGCAAAGUGUGCGCAGUGCUGCUUCGGUCCUUACACCAUCAUCUUGGGCAACAUCUCAAAGUACGCCUCUCAGCCCUAGGUCCAUUCCCUCAAUUCGGUUUGAGCUGGACACAGUCGAUGGAGGCACUUUCAACAUCAUUCUGGACCCCCAGGACUUUGCGGAGGUCAAAGGCUCAGAUUGUGCCUUUGCUUUUCAGCCUGUAGACCUGCCUCCAAACCUGGGCCCGAUGUGGGUUUUCGGACAAACAGCACUCAGGCGUGACACGGGCUGGUGGAUGGGGUAA